AUGCCGUGCCCAGUCACGGAGUCUCCACACAGGCCAGCUUUGGGUAUUGGGUGUGGGGCUUGGCCUGGAUCCUCUCUGCUCAUCUUCAUGCAGCUCCACAAUGAUGCCUCCGUCCUGGUCCGACCGGGCCCGGAAGCAGCCUUCCUGGCCAAGAUGGCGCGAAGAGGGGGGGGGGGGGAUGGCGCCGGCUGCACUGUGGCCGAAUGUGCAGUGGAGCGAAGAGAGAUCCAAGAGGGUUUGUCGCCCAACCACCUGAAGAAGGCCAAGCUCAUGUUCUUCUUCACUCGCUACCCCUCCUCCAACAUGCUCAAAAUGUUCUUCUCCGACGUCAAGUUUAACCGCUGCAUCACCUCCCAGCUGAUCAAGUGGUUCAGCAAUUUCCGGGAGUUCUACUACAUCCAGAUGGAGAAGUUUGCCCGGCAGGCCAUCAACGAGGGCGUGACGGCCGUGGACGAGCUGACGGUGGGCCGCGACGCAGAGCUUUUCCGCGCGCUCAACAUGCACUACAACAAAGCCAACGACUUUGAGGUGCCUGAUCGAUUUAUCGAGGUGUCCCAGGUGACCCUUCGCGAGUUCUUCAACGCCAUCGUGGCGGGCAAAGACGCCGACCCGUCGUGGAAGAAGGCCAUCUACAAGGUGAUCUGCAAACUGGAUAGCGAGGUCCCGGACACGUUCAAGUCCCCAAACUGCCUCCAGGAGCUCCUGCACGACUGACAAUUAAGGGACGAGGGCCGGGAGCACCUGGCCAGCUAACCCGGAUCGUUGCGUGGAUCGUGUGAAACUAAAAUGUUCAUAAUGUGUCGUUAGGUGACGCGGAAUGAGAACACCUUUUUUUUCCUGGACUAUUCCUCUUGAGAGAGUCGCACUUACAGAUGUUCCUCUUCCUCGGACCGCUUUGUCCACGCAUGCUCUUCAUCCUCUCUCGCGGACAGUGGGCGGAGCCAACUGGCGAUAAAGAAAUUAAUAUAUAAAAGAUCUUUUUAUUGUUGGUGUUUGUAAGUGUAAUGGACAUUUAUGAGGGAAAAAAAAAAAAAAAAGAGAUGUUUCUGUAUUUUUUUUUUUGCUUACCACCUUUGUAUAAACGUACAUCCUCACCUCAUGCACGGUGUGUCGCGUUCAGUCUAACCCAGGGGUGUCAAACUCAUUUUAGAUGGGG